GUCAAAGGUCACAGCGCAGCUCACAAUGGAGUUCUCUGAUCCAGUGCAAAGCGGUUUACAGAUCCUGGCUGAACCGGGCUGCUUCUCGCUCCGAGCUUUCCAGGCUCUGCUCCAGGCUGCCUUCCAGAGCUUGCUCAGCGGCCAGACCAAGCAGGCCGCCUUGGAUUACCCAGAUUUGGAACAUAUUGAUCCAGCAAUAUUAAAAUACUGCCACACAGCAGCUACCACUUAUAUAAUAGAAGCUGGGAAGCAAAAAGCUGACAAAUCUAUUAUAAGCGCGUAUCUAGAAGACUGUAAAUUCAACAGAGAAAGCAUUGAACAUUUUUGCACUGAAUAUCAGAUACAUAAGGAUACCUUGGAAAUCAUGUUGGGGAGUAUAGGCAGAUGUCCACUGCAUGUAACUGAUGUUUGCUGGCAACUGGAAUAUCAAAUCAAGACUAAUCAACUUCAUAAAAAGUAUUGCCCUGCCUAUUUGAUGACCUUAAGAGUAGAGAACAUUGAUUCAAGAUCUCAUGAGGACAUUCAUUUUAGUUGUUCUAUGGAUCAAUUGCAGGAUUUAGUUGAAAAGUUAAAAGAUGCAGCUAAAAGUCUAGAAAGAAAAACUCAACUAUAAUUUACACACUUGGCAAUCAAGUACAUUGAAGAAAAGGAAAUGCUUGCUUCUUUGACUAUAUAAUCUUUUUCCUGUUUCAUAUUCAGUGGAACUUUGAUAAAUGUUUAGUCAAACAGAGAUGGAACUUUUACUUUCUAGAUAACAUUGCAAGAUUUGUGUGCAAUAAAAACUCUUGAGCUUGUUAAACAACUGUGAUAUCUGUUUAGAUAACUAUACAUUUUUAAAAUACCUGCUUGUCUUUCAGUUUUGCCCUUUUUAAAAAUAAAUCUUUGAUUUCUCAAUUAUCUACUUUAUCAUCUAAUAAACAAGUGAACAUGAA